AUGGACAUGUUCUCGAUAGCAGCUGCCGUUCUGUGUCUGUGGAUAGGUGCUGGGGUCGUGGUGUGCGGUGCCCCUUGUGAGCCGGUCAAUAUCCCAAUGUGCAAGAAUAUGCCUUGGAACAUAACCAGAAUGCCCAAUCACCUUCACCACAGCACGCAAGAGAAUGCAAUACUCGCGAUCGAGCAAUAUGAAGAGCUGGUGGACAUCAACUGUAGCCCUGUAUUGCGUUUUUUCUUAUGUGCAAUGUACGCUCCAAUCUGCACCCUCGAAUUCCUCCACGACCCAAUCAAACCUUGCAAGUCGGUUUGUAAGAGAGCUAGAGACGGCUGCGAACCCAUCAUGAGGCGCUAUAACCACAGCUGGCCGGAAAGCCUGGCGUGCGAUGACUUACCUGUGUAUGAUCGAGGGGUCUGCAUCUCUCCAGAAGCCAUCGUUACUGAUUUACCCGAAGAUACGAAGUGGGUUGAUUUUUCAAGUGAUGUUGUGCUAGAAAAACCACAACCAUCAGAUUGCAAAAGCUGGAAUUCCGAUCGCUGCAGGUGCCGUAAAAUAAAACCAACGCUUACAACAUACAUUGAAAAGAAGUACGACUAUGUUAUUCAUGCAAAAGUUAAAGGUACAAGCCGGACUGGCUGCCAGGAGAUAACCACAGUUGUGGAAGUGAGGGAAGCUUUCAAGUCUUCCAACCCGAUCCCACGAGCACACGUUCCUUUAAUCACCAAUUCCUCGUGCUCGUGCCCGCAACUCCUACCUAAUCAAGAGGUGAUUAUCAUGUGCUAUGAGUGGCGCUCAAGGCUGAUGCUGCUCGAGGGGUGUCUUGUGGAAAGAUGGAAAGACCAACUGGUGAAGAGAUACAAGCGCUGGGAGCAACGCCUGCAAGAACACCAGCAGAGGAGCCCCAGACUGAGCCCCAAGGGUUCCAGUGUGACCACAGGGAGCUCCAGGAAAACCACUAGAAGCAAGAACGCGCAGAGGGACGGCCGACAAAGGAAAGCUUAACCGUUCCCUCCCUCCCUUUCUAACUUCCUCCCUCCCAUUUCCCUCUCCUCUGCCCUUGGAGUUUUUUUGCCUGGUGAGCCGGCAUCUGACAUCACAGCCAGCCACCACGUAGUUUUCCGAUCCUAUGUUAGCUCUUCCACAGGUAGUCCGUUGGGAAUCCUUGGAAGAUACCACAGAGCACAGCCCCUGGCAACAGGUUUGCACUACAUUUGUAUCUUGUGUGUCCCCAGUGUUACCAGGAAGACAAUGUCCAGUCUCCCUCAUCCCCCUCCGAUCCCCAUUGCAUCUGGUUAUGCUACAAAUGUACGCUGUGUGUGCCGUGAAUUAAGCCAUUUAGUGCAUUUUGUCAUUUAUUUUUAUAUUGUUUGUAUGGAUACAGAAUUUUCAUCUCCGCGACAACUGUGUUGUAUACUUCAGACUGGCUUCUGUUGUUUUUCGGCAUGUAUGAAAACAAAAUCAUCUGAAAGAUGGUUAAGUUUGACCCUUAGGAAAUUGUGGUUUUGCAAAAGAGAGAAUGACAAACAUUGAAAUACCCUGACGAGAGCUUUGAAAUUCAAGACUUUGUAUUAAUGAAACGGAUAUCAAGAACUUAGCUUUGGAUCUAUUGCAACGAUGUGAAAGUAGAUCAAUAUUAUCGCUUGCUAAUAUUAUCUCCAGUGAGUGCAAAUACUAUGUUGACAUGCACCUACAAUUCAAAUUGCAAUGAGGAUGGUAGACCGCUGCAUAUCCAUUCUUUUUGGGGGGUUACUCUAGUGUAUAAAUUAGAUUACAGAGAAAAAAUUGGAAUUGGAAAUGUAAAAAUGUGGAAAUUUGUGCAGUUGAGAAAACUCGAGGAAAGCAUACUUGAUUUACCCAGCAACAAUGUAUCCAGAAUGUAGAAAUAAUAAGAUGUAUAAUAAUAUUUUUCAUCAUUUUAGUUUUUCAAAGAUAUGGACACUAUGCAUUUUGUUAAUACUGAAUAAAAAAGAAAGAUUGUGGUCACAGGUGUCCAGCUCCAUCAGAACAUUAUUUUUCCAUUGCAGUUUGAAUUAAUGUGGUGUGCAAUAAUGAAUUUGCAAAUAAUAAAUUAUGAAUGAAUGCUUUAGCUCCAACCCCAUGCAAAGUCAACUACAUUUGUUGGAACAGGGCCGAAAUCUUCUUAUGUUACUGUAACAACGGCUUACUGUCCUGCAUCCUAAAUUAAGUACAGGUAUGACAUUUGGCCAAAGUACAUUCUAUGUAUUUUCCUGGCCAUCUCACUUUCUCUUGCUAAACAUUGUGUACUCAUGUAAUGGUUUUAUAUCUGUACUAUUUUAACUGUGCACCAUACAAAAUGCCUAUUACUAUUGUUCAAUAACCGGGUUAAGCCAUUUUGUUUUCCUGCUGCUAUGUUGUAAAUGAAGUUGGUUGCAGUCAUAUUUUCACUUGUGAGAAUUGAGCAUGCUGUGGAUAGUUUGACAUUGUGUAUACUAGCCUGUGUAGCCCCAGUGACAAAACGUUGUGAAUAGUGUCCAUAUUCUCCACACAAAUACUUUCAACAGGCAGCCCUGAACUGGUGUUGACACUACUUUCAGAGGAGGUGAUAUGCUAAUGGUAAUGCUAACCUUUCUUUGCAUUUUGAAUGCAGGACCCAGCCUCACACAAGAUAGGCUCGCCGAGCGAGUAUCUUAGACGUUUAUUAUUUCUGUGAG